CAGCAGAAAAAAUUUGUUUGUCACAAAAUAAAAAUAAAAACCAAAAAGAGGACAAGUCACGAGACAACAAGUACCACGCAAAGAAGAAGAAGCUCCAAGAAUCUGUCGACUUUUUGAGAAUCCAAGGGUCAGAAAAUCGCCAUGGCAGUCGCAGCAUUCAACCCAUUGAAACUUGCAUCGUCGUCUCUAAAUCCGAUUCCUUCGAUCUCUUCUCCGUCUUCCUCUUCUACUACUUAUUCGUUCUCUCUGAUAAGCGGCGGCAUCAGAAACUCCGCCCGAUCUCCUUUCAAAAGAUGUCUAAAGCAGACAUGUUCUGUUCGAGCCAUGUCCUCUUCUUCUUCUUCUUCGGCUGCUUCGUCUUCUUCCUUCGGAUCGAGAAUGGAGGAGAGCGUGAAGAAAACUGUGACUGACAACACUGUCGUUGUAUACUCCAAAACUUGGUGCUCAUACUGUACUGAAGUGAAGACAUUGUUCAAGAGACUUGGGGUUCAGCCACUGGUGAUUGAAUUGGAUGAACUUGGUCCACAAGGGCCGCAACUGCAGAAGGUGCUGGAAAGACUUACUGGGCAACACACUGUUCCUAAUGUUUUCGUCGGAGGCAAGCACAUUGGUGGCUGCACAGAUACAGUGAAGCUGAACAGGAAGGGAGAACUGGAAUUGAUGUUAGCUGAAGCCAACGAAAAUCCCAAAAAGGAGAUUGCUAAAACUUGGAAGCGUGGCACGUUUAUGAUCACAGACCUAAGAGGGAAGAAUCUAAGGAGACCAAUGGCUACUCUGGUCUCUUCUCAGGCUUACAUCAACCAUUGCCAUUUGAGUAUACGAGUUCUAAGCCAGGCAAAAGAACCAUUCUCUCCUCGGAGAUUUUCCCGUUGCAAUCACAUAGAAAGACGUGAUUUUUCUCCUGAAAUCCCUAGAAUCUGGACUCUGACGAUAAGUAGAAAGCAGCAACCUUUGCCUUUCAACACCGUGUGUUUUGCUGCAGACGAGCCCUCUUCCUCAUCCGAAAUCAGUGCUGAUGCCAGAAUCCGUAGUGAGGUUCUGUCUCCAUUCAGAUCGGUCCGAAUGUUCUUCUACCUCGCCUUCAUAGCAAGCGCAUCACUAGGAGGGCUAAUAGCCACUUCCAGGCUCAUCGGUGCGCUGGCGAAUCCGGCAAGAUCAGGUGAAGUUCUUGAGAUCGUAAAGGGUUUAGGCAUUGACAUUGGUGCAGCUUCUCUCUUUGCGUUCCUCUACUUACGCGAAAACAAGACCAAGAACGCGCAAAUGGCUAGGCUCUCGAGGGAAGAGAAUCUUGCGAAACUCAAGAUGAGGGUCGAAGAGAACAACAAGGUUAUCUCUGUGGGCGAUCUGAGAGGGAUUGCUAGGCUUGUGAUCUGCGCUGGUCCUGCGGAUUACAUCGAAGAAGCGUUUAAGAGAAGUAGAGAGUUUACGCAAGGGCUUGUCGAGAGAGGUGUGGUUGUGGUGGCUUAUGCAACUGAUGGGAACUCACCGGUUUUGGAGUUCGAUGAGAGUGACACUGCGGAUGAAGAAAUGAGCCAGAGAAGGAGGAGAUUGUGGCGUGUGGCUCCAGUUUUUGUCUCGGAAUGGGAAAGGUGGUUAGGUGAGCAGAAGAAGCUUGCUGGUGUUUCUUCAGACUCUCCAGUGUAUUUGUCUCUACGUUUGGACGGGCGUGUAAGAGGAAGCGGAGUUGGUUAUCCUCCAUGGCAAGCCUUCGUUGCACAGCUUCCUCCGGUUAAGGGAAUCUGGACCGGUCUUCUUGACGGAAUGGAUGGUAGAGUGUAA